AUGUUGAACAAAAGUUCACCAGACAUUCGCAAGACUAAAAGGUCCAUAAACUUAAACCAACCUGGUUAUCUAACGCCCACAGAAUAUUCAAUUACCCUCGACGCCUUCUACUUAAUGUUGCAACAAAAUCAAAUAUCAAACUUGCUCAAAUCAGCACUACUGUCUCCAUCAUCAUCAUCAUCAUCUAACACAUCUAUACCCAAGUUCCGUUCCAUUUCAAUCUCCUUGUUAUCUAACCAUGGUAACCCAUUGAUUUCACUUAGUACCAAGUCGCAACUGCCUCAGCUGCAGGUUAAGGGAGAUAACUACCGACUGCAAUCACACCUGCAGCUUCAAUCGUUGCACAGUUCUAAAGCGGGAACACCAACAACAGGUGGAGACGAAUACGAACAAAGUUUCAAUAUUGGUACAAAUCCAUCGUUUUCCCAAGUCAGUGCCAGUGAAGAAGGGCAAAAUAAUGAAAUCACAUCGGAUCAAUUGAAAAUAUACUCCCUAAUUGCCUACAAUUCAACUAUUGAAUCAAGUGAUUCCAAUGAAGCAAAUGAUGAACAAGAUUGGUCAAUUGUUGAUUUUGGUAACGUGAGAUGUAUAAUAUCAAAAGUUGAUCUUGAUCAUACCACAUCAAAACAACAUAAUACUGGUGGAACUCAUGGUCGGAACGAGAAUGGACAAGCAAUCAAACGCAAAGUUGGUAGUAAUACAAUAGAUAUUACCGAAAAUGCUACCAAAGUAGAAGUAGAGGCAGAAGCAGGUGAUAACGAUGAUGUAAGUGAUUACGAUAGAGACGAUUCAGGUACCUUAUUUAAUGGAUACUUUGUCGUAUUAUUCUAUCAAAAGUCAACACCGACUGCAACUUCAAAUGAGGCAAAUAAGUCAACUGAACUUGAACUGCAAGGUGAAGUUGAAGUAGAUGCUAUUGCCAAAGUUAAGAUAGAUUCGGUGGUGGAUGCAUUAACUCAAGGAUUAAGAGGAUAUCAUGAGAUGACUGCAUAUUAA